CAUGCACACGCUCGCUCGCACACACACCAUUCGCUCUAAUCCCUGCUAUUUUUGAACAUGUUGUUGCUAAAAAGCAGACAGCUAAUCGAGUAAUAGGAUUGGAAAUAAAAGCAGGGUUAAAUCCAGAGGAGGGAGCAGAGGUUGGGUAUAAAGGCAGAGCGUGGGAGGGGAAGCAUCAAACCAGCCUCACAUCGCUGAAGGAUUACACAGAAGACAGGAGGAAACUUGCACUCCUAGAACACACCCAGGCCACAACCCUUAGAAGCAGACAUGACUGCAAAGGUCUAUAAAAAAACCAGCCCCAACACCAAGCUCACUCUGUACUUGGGAAAGAGAGAUUUCGUAGACAAUGUGGAUUCCGUCGAGGAAGUUGAUGGGGUUGUGCUGGUGGACCCCGAGUACCUCAAGGACAGGAAAGUGUACGUGGUGCUGGCCUGUGCGUUCCGCUACGGGAGGGAUGACCUGGAAGUGUAUGGGCUGUCGUUCAGGAAGGACAUCUACCUGCACACUGUGCAGGUGUUCCCACCCACCGGAGAGGAGAAGAAACCCCAAACCCACUUGCAGCAGCAGCUGCUCAAGAAACUGGGCGAGUACGCCUACCCAUUCAACAUCACGAUACCAACUAACCUGCCCUGCUCAGUCACCCUGCAGCCCGGCCCUGACGAUGUCGGCAAGUCCUGCGGGGUCGACUUUGAGGUCAAGGCGUUCUGUGCGGAGAACCUGGAUGAGAAAAUUCACAAAAGGAAUUCAGUGCGGCUCAUCAUUCGGAAGGUGCAGUUCGCUCCCACCAACACAGGGGAGGCCCCGAAGGCAGAGACUGUGAGGCAGUUCAUGAUGUCAGACAAGCCCCUCCAUCUGGAGGCUUCUUUGGACAAGGAGAUCUACUACCAUGGAGAGACCAUCCAAGUGAAUGUGAAAAUCACCAACAACACCAACAAGAUUGUCAAGAAAGUCAAAGUGUCAAUUGAUCAGAUGACAGAUGUCGUGCUGUACUCCCUGGAUAAAUACUCCAAGACCGUGCUGUCAGAGGAAUUUGCUGACAAUGUAAGCGCUAACUCCACCUUCACCAAGGUGUACAGCGUCCUGCCCCAGCUCUCCGACAACCGGCAGAAGCGUGGCCUGGCGCUGGAUGGCAAGCUGAAGCACCAGGACACCAACCUGGCAUCAACCACCUUGCUGCGGCCCGGAAUAGAUAAGGAAGUAUUGGGAAUUCUAGUGUCCUACAAGGUGAAGGUCAACUUGAUGGUGUCUCGAGGAGGCGUCUUGGGAGAUCUCACUGCCAGUGAUGUUGCCGUGGAGAUUCCCUUCACUCUGAUGCACCCCAAGCCCAGCGAAAGCGUCAGCCAGGAAGACAUUGUGAUCGAGGAGUUUGCUCGUCAAAAUCUGCACGGAGAGAAGGAUGACGAAGAGGAGAAAGAGGAGAAAGAGGAGGCCUAAGCAGCAAGGCCUGUCAGAACCAGGCCAGACGGGUGGACAUACAAAAAGACAGACAGACAGAUGGACACUCCUGGACCGACCACACCAGCUUUUCGGCACAAAUUAAAAAGUGUUCCGAACAUGCAAACAAUGCUCAGUUACUAAAUAAUAAAGAUAUAUUCCAGGUACAGAUCACCUUCCUUGUUUAUUGGCAGUAUGGUUUAUUCCAAUGAGAUUUUGACAUAGCUUGUAUUGCCUAGUGUCAAUUAAUGCAGUGUCCCCCCUGGCUUGGAGAAGCUCAGAGCAGUGUGGUCAAAAGGAAUCUGUGGACAAUGGAACAAGGAGGUCUGCAAAGGGUUGUCUGUUCACCCUUCGGUAUCCAGCCCACGUAGUUCGUUUUCAGAGUGUAGCCAUUUCUGGUUUUGUGUAAUGUUCAGUAAUAUAGGAGGAGCUUGCAUAGUGAAAACACAACACCAGUGAAGCUAAACAAAGCAAUUUAAAUGCAAUACAUAGAACAGAAGAAAUUCCGUUCUGAAUCAGCAAAAUUGUCAUGUAAAAGCUUAUGUAUUUUAACAAGGGACAAACUUCCAUAUACAAGCACCCUCUCACUCCUCAAUGUUAUACAUUGCACCUUUUCUUUAAACCCCACAUAAACACACAUAUCCAACCCCUAGUUAAUUACAGACUCAAUUUCUGAGGAUCAGAAUACAGCUGGCAGCACAUUUCUGCAUGGAAGUCUAGCUGCUUCAGUGCAGAGUGAAUGCUCCCCUGCAUUUUGAAUGAGGGUUCAUUCAUUGUGGAGUUGUAAUUAGAAUGUGCCUCAGUCUUUUAUGUUCAUGCAAUUCAUUUUGGAAGAGAAAGCUUUAUUUGGUUCGUGUGUGAAUGUGGAGAACUGCGGAGACGAAUAAAACUGUUAGAACUCUUAAUACGAACUUGGUGUGAUUUUUGAAAAAAACAAAACAUUGCUUUAACAUUCCCCAGUAUAUUGCAGUAACAUGACAGUAACAUAUAAAAAUGAGGGAAGUUUAGGGAGGUUUUGACCUCCAGGUCGUUCUCAUGGGAGAGUGUACUCAAUAGGAACAGUGGGUUACAGCGCAGUAGGGAAGCUCAGACACUGCUCCAAACACGUCUUCACUUUCUGCCUUGAUCAGUUUAUAAAGUUUUAACAAAUAACAUUAGAAUACAAAUAUGUUUUACUUUUCAAAGUGCUAGUUGCAGUGGGGGGUGGAGCGGGGACUACAGUUCAGGUUAAACUAGUCAGUUUGAUGGGUGGCACUGCAGUAAUACGCCACCAUUGCCUAAAAUGCACAGCUUCUGCUCUUGCAACUCACAACAGCAAGAUAACGCCGACCUGUUCAGCU